UCGCGCAGCCCCAGCACAUCCCACAUACUCGCGCGACACCAACAACAAUGGCAAACCGCGGUGUGUUUUGGUAGGAGGUCUCUGAUCGGGAGCGAGACCAUCGUUUAGCUUCGUCGCUUCAUUCGCGUCUUUUUUUUUUGGUUUCCCCUCCAGCGAGAUUUACCAUUAAGGCUUAAAAAGAAAGAAGAGGGAGCUCGCGUGUUGUCGCAUUUUUCCAUUUUCCCUUUCUUUAUUUCGAAAAUGUGCGAGGCGCUGUUGGCAAGCCCACACAGUCCGUGCAUGUGUGUCCCUGCUGCUGCUGCUCCUCUGCUGGGCUACAGCUACUAACCUAGCUGCUUUUCACUCGGCGCUUAGCUAACGUUAGCCCGCUUAGCCGCGUUUAUUGACUUGCGGAGGGGGGAAGAGACAAAACACGAGCGAAUGUAAAGCGUGUUUUCGCCGUUUGUUUUAUGACAACGACCCUUAACUGCUCGCUAAUCGUCGCCGUCGGCCGAGGUACGAAGUGUUGUAUGGUUUGUCGCGGAAAAUACUUUGCGCGCUAGCUAACAGGCUAGCUAUUUGUGUGUAUUCUUCGACUGAGGGAGAACGGCGAGUUUUUCUUUGAAAGUAUGGAUGAUCAGACCAGGAUGCUGUCGAGUCUCGCCGGACUCGGUGGACUAGCACAAGGCGACGUCGGUGACCCGGACUCGGUCAGGAAACAGCAGUCCCUCGGUCAGCCCCAGCAAGACAUCGGGGAUAUCCUACAGCAAAUAAUGGCCAUCACCGACGAGAGCCUGGACGAAGCACAGGCCAGAUGCUGGCCAGAGGACUCGCCGGCGCAUUGGGGUGGAUCAGACGACCCCACAGAGGGAGGGAGAGCAGGGGGGGGCAUGGCAGGGGGUGGCCUGCCACUCAACUUCCAACACAGGAAGCAUGCCCUGAACUGUCACAGAAUGAAGCCAGCCCUCUUCAGCGUUCUCUGUGAGAUCAAAGAAAAGACGGUGCUGAGUAUACGAGGUGUGCAGGAGGAGGACCCACCAGAUCCCCAGAUCAUGCGGUUGGACAACAUGCUGCUCGCAGAAGGUGUGUCAGGACCAGAGAAGGGAGGAGGAUCGGCCGCGGCGGCUGCAGCUGCAGCAGCAGCAGGGGGCUCACCUACUGACAGCAGCAUAGAACACUCCGACUACAGAGCCAAGCUCGCCCAGAUCCGCCAGAUAUACCAUUCUGAGCUGGAGAAGUAUGAGCAGGCCUGCAGUGAGUUCACCAACCAUGUAAUGAACCUGCUGAGAGAGCAGUCUCGCACACGGCCCAUCUCUCCCAAGGAGAUUGAGCGCAUGGUGGCCAUCAUCCACCGCAAGUUCAGCUCCAUUCAGAUGCAGCUCAAGCAGAGCACCUGCGAGGCCGUCAUGAUCCUGCGCUCACGUUUCCUAGACGCCAGACGUAAGAGGCGCAACUUCAACAAGCAAGCUACAGAGGUGCUGAACGAGUAUUUCUACUCCCACCUGUCUAACCCUUACCCCAGUGAGGAAGCCAAGGAGGAGCUGGCCAAAAAGUGUGCGAUCACUGUGUCUCAGGUUUCUAACUGGUUUGGCAACAAGAGAAUACGCUACAAGAAGAACAUUGGUAAGUUCCAGGAGGAGGCAAACCUCUACGCAGUUAAAACGGCGGUGGAUGCUGCCAAUGUGUCGGCGCAGGCUAGCCAGGCUAACUCCCCAGCAACGCCCAACUCAGGUGGAUACCCUGCACCGUGCUACACACCUGACGGGCGGCUAUGAGGAGCUGUCAGGUAGUGGCCUCUACACCCCUCAUCACCUGGAUGCUAACAGCUGGCAGGACACCACCAACCCUCCCUCGGUCACCUCCCCUCCUGGUCCUCCUGGCAGCGUCCACUCCGACACCUCCAACUGAUCCGGUGGCUCCCUCUGCCAUCUCUUCAUUCCCACCGUGGUCUGCUCUGACCACCAUCCUCUGACCCCCCCCCUCCCCCGCUCUUCAACACUCCCUUGUCUCUCAAGUAAACAGUCUCACCGGCCUGUUUUUUGCAUUUCAUAAACACACACUGUGCUGGAACACAGGACAGCCGAACCGCAGUCAGGAGGAGCGCUCCCUCCUCCACUUCCACAGCUCCACUCCAGCGCUCGGACACUCCGUCACUCAGACCGAAACAUCUUCGCCAUCACAGACUUUUUGAAAAAACCACUGACCCAGCUGUGUCGAUGAUCAUGAUGUCUGUACAUAAUGUGUAAAUGCACGUUGACUUCACACAGUACUCACACAGCUUGUCCAUGUGCCGUUGACCUCUGCACUCGAUCCUUUGCGUUGGGAAACUGUGUGUGAUUGCCUGUAUCUCUUGAAGCCUUGGCAUUUGCAGCCAAACCGUCGAUACAGUCGAUCACCAGGGAGCUCUGCUCACCUUGCUUGUACCAAAGUGCUGCCCCAGUAGUCGUCAACACAUCUGUUCCUCCGAGAUCAACCUCCGCCGACACGAGACGCCGUCGCAUCUCCCGGGUGCCUCCUAGGUUGAUAUGUCAUUCUGUUGGAGAUUUCAAAGUGAAUCACGGAGACGCGUGCAGAAGGUGCAUGCAAAUCCCCCUCCCCCCUCCUCCAUACCGCACACACAGCAACACAACUUUUCAGUCGUUUUCAUAGUGAGCUGACAUAAAAAAGUGUCAAGCACAAACGUUAGCAUCCUUGUUAUGGGUGUCUCUACCUGUAAAAGGGUAGUGAAGGGGAUCACUGUUCUAAACCAGGCGGGACAGGUGAUAUUAGGGCUGGCGAGAAGAGGAUGAAAGGGCAGAGAGGGGAGAAUAACUUUGGUGGAGUGGAUGUAACUAAUAGCCCUUUUUUGUUGCUAACCAAUAGAGGGUGUUGGUAGGCGGCUUGUAGACUUUACUUCUUGCUUUCUGUCCACUAGUUAUUUUGAUUGUAGGCUAUUUUCUAAUGCUGUUUCACCAAGAAUGCACCAGCCACCACCAAAAAUGAGCUCAAUAAAGCAUCUAGACGACGUGGGGCGAGGGGUGGAGAGGUUGUGGGGCAUCGAUGUGUUAUUGGGACAAACGUGACAUGAAUUUAGAAACGUGACUGUCUUCCAUGCAUGUAGGACUUCUAGGCGUGAUAUUAUUGUUUUCAUUUAACCUUCCGAGUUUUUAGCUUCGUUUUUAUUAACAAAAAAAACCUAAAAAAUAAAAGGGUAUAAUUAUUACAGUCAGACCAAAAAGGAAAAAGUGCAUCAUGUAUUGCUAUGAUGUGUGUGUCUCUGUGUGGGCGUGUGUACAGUGGAUGUUUAAGUCAAACUGGCUGGUGCCCUCUGACCUUCGUGAGCAUUAAUAGAGACUGGGUGCUUCCACCAGCCAAUGACACAAGCAGGUGGGGGGGUUCGGGUGAGACCUCCUCCUCCCCCUCCCCAUCUCGGAAACAUUUUACGCUCCUGAGCCCGAGGCAACACGCUACAACCUUCUGUUGUACCAAAAACCAAAAAUACCACGUUCAGCAAUGUAAUAAUGCUACUCUGUCUCUCUCUCUGAAGCUGGUGCACAGCCACCUUUGCAGUUCGAGGCGAGGAGGGAAUUAUAUUUGUAUCUGUGUCUCUCUGUGUGGUGUUGUCAUGCCUCAAGUUGAUUUGAUUUCUCUUUUUUGGGGGGGAGGGGGAGGGGGGGGGGGUUGUUGUGGGGCUUCAUAGGAAGGAUGGGUGGAGCGAGAAAACUGUCAUAUCAGACCUGUAAUUUGAUUGUGCGCAUCGAGGGCAUCUUCUCCCCUUUACCCAUCUUUUAUUAUCCUCCGGUAAAACCACAACCCUUUGUUUUUUAAGUUCUGUGGCCGAUUGGGCAAGGGCUUCUCUGUCUCUCCUCUGUUGCCAAAAGUGAAGUCAAACUCCUGUUUUACGACAAACCUGCAGCGUCUUUUGGGGAUUUUCAUUCUUUUGGAACUAUUUUAUACAUUUAAAUGUCAUGUGAAUAACAAAGCAUUUUGAUAGUAAGGUAAAGCCUUAUGAAUAUUUAAGUGUCAGUCGAGACUUUGUUGAACCAUAUGUUACAGAACAAAACUUGAGCUUAUAAGCUGGUCACAUGUGAUAACCCACGUUUUAAUUACCUGUUUUUGUUACUCAUCGCAGUUCAUACGACUGUAUCUUGCAAAAUUAUCACCGCACCAAAUUGUCAUGCCCCUCCCCCCCCUCCUUUUUCUACCUGUUGUAAUGGAUGUCACUGUACAGUUUGUGUAAUGUUUUCCGUAUAUAUUUUCUUUUUCUUUCUUUCUUUUAUAAACUUCGAUGUUCGGUUGAGACGCCAGUUUUUACUUUUGGCCUUUUGUGUCACGGAUUCACGAUAACUCUGUAUCAACUUUGAAUAUUAUUUAGGUCUUUUGUUACAUAACCGAGUGGCAAUGUUUAAGGUUUAGAGGUGUGGCCGUCUGGUGCUGUGGAAAGAUUCUGCGAUGGAUAUUGUUUUGUUAUUUUUACCCAUGCUAAUCCCUGGACACGUCUCAUCUGAUUCCACCCACGUUGUCCACACGUCCUCAGUUUUACAGUCAAUUCCUCAUAUUUGCCACUUUUUGAGCGUAAAUCUUUUUAAAAAGCUGGCUAAAAAAUUUGAUGGAAAUCAGUGUGCGUCAUUUUAAACCAGACAGUGAUAAAUUUAGGCUUUACCUUCAUCAGCCAGUAAUGACUUAACACAGAAGGAGCAGAUGUUUGUGUUGUGUAAAGUUAAUUAGAUUAAUUAUACCUAAACAGUAGCUUAUUUUAUGAUGUUAAAUUCUUGUUCUACGCUGAAACAGGAAGAAAAGGUUCCACGUUGUAAGUGCAUAAUCUGCACUUUGCUCCUGUGACUCUGCUUGAAACGAACUCCAAACACCCAUGGGUUCAUUCUGUGGUCCUGCACUUAAAAGCUGCACAUCGAAUAUACCUAACUUGAAUUUCACUUUCUAUUGUCGAAGGGGGUUUAAACCGUGUCUGGAUUCUGAAGUGACUAAAUGACUUCCACAGCAUCAGACGUCUGAACCUCUAAACCUUUAUGAUUUCUUUGUUUUUAUUAGUAUAUUUGUAUCUCCCUUCUUUCCCUUGUAUUUACCCCUCUCUCUACCUCUGUCUUUCCAUUUCUCUUGUAUAUAACCCCCACUGUUUUCAGACCUGUGAGUCUGUAUGAACUCCUUUUAUACCUCAACUUUAGAAUUGUUCUAGAAAGAGUAAAACAAAAGGAAGAAUAUGACAAAUUGUAGUGUUCUUAUUAGAAAAUUAAUAAAAUGAUUUAGUGUGAUUUUUCUUUUCCCCCCCAGUAUUUGAUUUCUAAUUUUAGGAGUGUUUCAUUUUAUAAUUUGUCACAAAUGCUCUUGUGAUAGUCAAAUGUAAUAAAAGGAGAGAUGGCACCAUC